AUGCUCGCCUUCAAAUCCCUCUCCCCCACAACCUUCACCACCAUCCACCCCCCAAGAGCCAUGGGCAACGCCCGCCCCAUCGCCUACGGCGGCUUCGCCCUGGCCGCCGCCUACAAAGCCGCCGCCUUGACGCUCCUCACCCCUUCCGAGACGCAACCAGAAUACCACCUCUACUCCUUCACUGGAAACUAUCUCGGCCCAGCAAACAACAACCACCCCCUCCUCACCUCGGUAACCACCAUCCGGCAAACCCGAACCUUCGCAACGCGCCUCGUACAAGUAUCCCAACAACAAGACGAUGGGAGCACAAGGAACUGCCUCGUCGCCCUCGCCGACUUCCAAGUCGCCGAACCCGCCUCCCUACUCACCUACUCCGCCCCACCCAGCAGGACCUACACCCACCACUCCAACCUCCCCGACGCAGAUACGUACAACAAGCAACUCGUCGCAUCCGGCAGAGUGCAACCCAAGCACGUCGAAGCCCUCAAUACCGCUUUCGCCGUCCUGAAACGCCUCUUCGACACCCGCCAAUGCCCCGAAGGCAUCUUCGCCCAGAAACUCUCCGGCAUCGCGAAACAUCUCCCCACGACGCAGGACACGCUGCCCCUGACGGAGAAGUCGACGGCGGAUUGGCUGCGCGCCCGGGACCCGUUGCCCAACCAGGUGGAGAACACGGCUCUGCUGGCGUGGAUGAUGGAUGGGGCGCUUGCGUUUGCUCCGCUGACGUUUAGUGGGCUGUUUUUGGAGGAUGCGGGGCCGACGAGUAGUCUGGAUUUUGCGCUGAGGGUGUUUACGAAUCGCGUGGAUUUGGAGAGGUGGCAUUUGAGGGAGUUGAGGACGGCGGUGGGGGCUGAGGGGAGGAGUUAUACUGAAUCGAGGUUGUGGGAUGAGGGGGGGAGGUGUGUGGCUAGUAUGACGCAGCAGAGUAUUUUGAGACCGAAGGGAGAGAAGAAAGGAGGGAAGUUGUAG